AUGCCACUCCAGGACAACACCCUUCGGGAGGUUUGGGCCUCUGACAGCGGACAUGAGGAGGAGACUGGAAGUCCUGGAGUUCACAGACGCCCCAAAAAGCGUGACCUCCUGGGGAAGAAGCCAAAGAAGAAACAGCUGGAGCCCCCAGAACCGUGCCCACCCCUCGCAGAAGCCAAACCCCGGCGAGGAGGGCCCCCCCAGGGGGAUCUGGAAGGCCACAGGCCCUCUGGGAAGGCACAGCGGGGCAGGAAGGAGGCAGCUGCUGGGAAUUCAGGGCCCAAGGUGCUCCAGGAGAGACGGCGCAAGAAAAACAGCAGUCCCCCCGGAGGCCUGAAGAAGUGCCCAGUGACCAUGUUCCAGGUUGGAGGGACCAAUUCCCAGGAGAAAGUGGCUAAGAAGCAAGCACGCCCUAAAGUGCCCGCCGCCACUGACAGCAAGGAGGAGAAGGCGACCACGAAGAACAGUAACCAGAAGGGGAAAGGGCGGAAGACCCGCAAGGAGGAGCGGGCCCCGUCUCCCCCCAUUGAGGUGGGUGACCCUGAGGAGUUUGUGCUGCGGCCUGCCCCCCAAGGGGGGACCGUCCGCUGCCGGGUGACCCGAGACAAGAAAGGGAUGGACCGCGGACUUUACCCCUCCUACUACCUGCACCUGGACAACGAGCGCAAGGUGUUUCUUCUCGCCGGCCGCAAACGCAAAAAAAGCAAAACGUCCAACUAUGUGAUCUCCAGCGAUCCUAUAGACCUAUCCCGUGGUGGGAAAAACUUUGUCGGCAAGCUUAGGUCGAACCUCCUGGGGACCCGGUUCACCGUGUUUGACAACGGGGAGAACCCCGACCGGGCCAUCACCGACUGGAGUGCGGUGCGGCAGGAGCUGGCCGCUGUGGUCUACGAGACCAAUGUACUCGGAUUCCGGGGUCCCCGUCGCAUGACGGUCAUUAUUCCAGGAAUGAAUUCGGAAAGCGAGAGGGUCCCCAUCCGGCCCCGCAAUGCCAGCGAUGGUUUGCUGGUACGCUGGCAGAACAAAACCCUGGAGACCCUGCUGGUACUGCACAACAAGACACCGGUAUGGAGCGAGGAGAGCGGCUCCUAUACCCUCAACUUCCACGGCCGGGUCACCCAUGCCUCUGUCAAGAACUUCCAGAUUGUUCACGACGAUGACCCCGACUACAUCGUGCUGCAAUUUGGCCGCGUGGCCGAGGACACCUUCACCCUGGACUAUCGCUACCCGCUAUGUGCCCUGCAGGGCUUUGCCAUUGCCCUCUCCAGCUUCGACGGGAAACUCGCCUGCGAGUGA